AUUUUUUGCUGGUACUAAACUUAAACCAACGUUCCUCCUAAGUUUAGAAUUUGUUUGAAUAAGAAUAGUUGCAUAGGGCAACUGAAUAAUUCUGAUUUAUUUAUAAAUUAUAACAGCAUCACACAAUAAUGAGCAAAAGAAGAAAAAAUCGUGUAGUAUCCGAUUCUGAUGAAAGUUCUGCAGAAGAUGAUGAUAAAAAUGAUACGCUAAAUGCAAAAAGACAGCGAAACGACAGCAGUAGUGACGCACAACCACACAAAGUCAAAGUCCCAACAACCACCACAACCAACUCAUCAGAUUCUGACACUUCUGAUGACGAUGAAGAUUGGACUGUGGGUUCAAAAUCGAAAAAGAAAAAGCCGUCAAAGAAAGUGAUCAGAGGAAGAAAGUCUAAGUUUGGAUUGAGCAGGGAGACGGUAUCGGAUCAAUCAUCAGACAGUGAUGGUGGUUCUGAUGACUCAAAACCUAACACAGGGAUGUCCAACCUUGAAGAUGGUGAAUUAACAUCAAGUGAGGAGUCUGAAGGACCAUCGGAUGGUGGAGGAUCGGAGUCGGAGUUCGAUGAGGAAGCUCUGUGGAAGCAGUUUGAUGAUGGAUACGAUUCCGAGUUGGUGGGAGACGAGGAAGAUCGGGUGAAGUUGGAGAACAUGACGGAGAAGGAGAGAGAGCAGGAACUUUAUAAUCGGCUCGAGAAAAGAGAAGCUUUGCAAAAACGGUUAUUUUUUUUAUUGUUUUACUCUUCCAUGUCCAGGCCCUCCAACAAAGAUUCCUUCUCAACUCUCCUCCCAUCUCGAACAGAUCGUCGGAAGAAAGUUGAUAAGAAUGAGAAAAUCCUGGGUGACCUAAGGGCUGAAAUUGAAAGAAAGAAAAACAAAGCGAGUAAAAACAAACAAAUAUUGAAAGCAAGUGAAGUUUAUAGUGAUGAUGAUGAUGAUGAAGAUGAGGAAGGUGUUGGCUCAUCUUCUGGUUCCGAUUCCGACAGCGAUCUUUCUCGUAAAGGAGGUUCAGAUGAAGAAGAUGACAGAAGUUCAAAUUCCAAGCGAUUUCAACCGAUAUCUGCAAAAGAAGAUCUCAGCAUCAUCCGGUUGUCGAGAUUCAAGAUGGAGAAGUGGGUUCACCUCCCUUUCUUCAGGGAAACCUGCAUUGGCUGUUUCGUCAGGAUCGGAAUUGGAAAUCAUAAUGGAAGACCUGUGUAUAGGAUUGCCGAGAUACUGGAUGUAGUGGAAACGGCAAAAGUUUAUCAGCUUGGCAAGACGAGAACCAAUAAAGGAUUAAGGUUACGUCAUGGCCAACAAGAGAGAGUGUUUCGUUUGGAAUUUGUUUCAAAUUCGGAAUUUACAGAUUCAGAGUUUUUUAAGUGGAAAGAAGCUGUAAUGCUUGCUGGUCUUGAGUUGCCAACAUUAGAUGAGAUUCAUAAAAAGCAGUCAGCCAUGCAGAAGGCUAUUCAAUAUAAUAUCAAGGACAAAGACAUUGACCAUAUCAUUAAAGAAAAGACGAAGUUCCGAAAAAAUCCCUUCAAUUAUGCGAUGAAGAAGACAACGCUCCUUAAGCAGAAGGAGAUGGCUGAAGUCCAGGGAGACGGGGAUGAAACGAAGAGGAUCAACAGCCAGCUGGAUGAGCUGGAGGAGAGAGCGACUCAUCUUGAUAAACAGAGACAGGAGAAUAUUGCCGGAAUCACAUACAUCAAUGAGCGGAUCAAAUCCCACAACCUCCUGAAGGAGGAAGCUUGUAAAGAGGAGUGGAAAGUCCUCCGGAAGACAGUGGCUGAUCCCUUCACAAGAAGAAGAUGUAAACCAGUCCUUGUGUCCAACGCAGAAGAUGGUGAACAAACCCAGCGUUUAUUGCAAGAGAUGGAUAAGCGCUAUGGCGGAAACGUGUCGUAUGAUAUUCCAAAAGGCAACAAAGUCAAUAAAACAACGAAAGAAACUUCAGAUAAAGAGUCAAGUGACUUGUUUGAUGCACAUGACUUUGAUAUUAAACUUGACCUUCAAAUGCCCUCCGCAGAACGUUCGCUGGUUGCUCCAAAAGCAAACACCCCAACAACAAGCAGUGAUGCGCCACGCAGGUCUCUUAAUUUGGCGGACUAUAAAAAACGAAGGGGACUUAUUUGAAAAAAACUCUUUCUAGCAAAUUUUCAUCAAACAGCUGGUUUACUCACUGCCUCGAUGCGUUUCAAACAGAUGAAACAAUAGUGUCAAUCUUGUUGGUAUUUUUUUUUACAAUAAUACACACCUGAAAAUCCACUUAGUUUUUCAGUGCUGUAUUGCAACUUCAUUGACAGUAAAUCAAGGCGAAAAUAAAGAUAGAAAAUUUUUCUUGUUACUUUUGAAACGAUCAUCGUAUUUUUAAAAUAAACAAAAAAACAUUCC